UGCAGCGCCCAUAGCUUGUGUUUUCAUCGGCUCCGUCUUCUCGAAAUGUUUUCGCCGCGAUUUUCUGUGCACACCAGCCCUAAUUUUGUACCAUUCGAACUGUGAGACCACCAGGACUCUGUAGACACCAAGUUAUCAGGUGGGACAUUUAUUUUUCCGGGACCGCGACCACUUUUGUGUUACGAUCACGCCGUCGCCGCGCUAAGGCUAAGCGCGUGCGCCAGGUGCUCGGCCUACAUAGGCUACCUGGCACGUUCCCGCGCGUGUCCGUGCGAGCUCUGCUACGACGCACAAGCCCCUGGCCAAAUCUGCGAAGCAUGGAAGUCCAAGUAUGUGGCAAAGAUAUUUCCCCAGAAGAGUUAACCACCGAGAUGGGCUGGUGUACGGCCCGUUCCCGUCGGUGUACCGCCCGUCGCCCAGACGAGCAGCGGUGCCGAAAACUAUCCCAAGAACAACAACCUAGGACGCAAGACUCUCGCUCUCGCUAUAGACCCAGGCAGCAAGUUAAAACUCAGGUUCUCAAGGCCGGGCGCAUGCUCCCACUACCAGCAAAUGAGAUCAAGAUCAUCGUCAGACCCAAAGGAGCACUCAAUAUUUCCAAGGUCGGCAGCCCUACAGUGACUGCAGCUAUUCUUCAAGCAGCGCAACUUAGCUCAGAAGACAGUCAACACGACACAAUAUGCUCGAACAACCAGCAAAACAUCAUGGUGAUCAGCACGCCCAGCCCGCAAAAUGCGGACCGGUACGCAAGAAUCAAGUCCAUCCAAGUCAACGGGGUAACCCACGAGGUCAGCGCGUACGAAGCCGCCCCAGAUAAUACCACCAAAGGGGUCAUCAGAGGCAUCCCUCUCACCGAUGACGCCAGACAAGUCGAUGCUAACAUCAUAAAUGAUCGCAAUCCUCUAGCCCUGGCCGCAAAGCGAAUCGGUUCCACCACGACCAUCGUCAUUGCCUUCGACGGACCUGACGUACCAUACAUGGUUCGGUAUGGCGCAACACUAAUCCCAUGCUCCCUGUACCGCAAGCAGAUCGAUAUCUGUUACCACUGCGGCCGUCUCGGGCACCGCAUGGACGUUUGCCCGUUCCCUAAUAACAAGAUCUGCCGGGGCUGCGGAGCUCGCAACCCAGAUCAGGAGCAUCAGUGUACACCCAAGUGCAUGUUGUGUGGUGGACCCCACCCCACAGCGGACAAAUCUUGUACUGCCAGAUACAAAACGCCGUAUGUUAUACGAAGACGCCUCGGAGAACGCCGAGUAGCACAGAAUUCAGCCCUUCAAUCAGAAGAUUUCCCGUCCAUGGAGACCAAGCACCGGUCCCGGUCCCGCUCCCUCUCCAGACCGAGGUCGGAUCGAGGUGGGUCCAGAUCAAGAUCCACGUCGACUCCAGGAGCCAGACAUACCUCAGAAAAGAGGUAUUUCCGAGCGCGCGCCAAGAAAACAGCAGCAAGGAUAGGGGCGGCGGGCUCGCCCGGCAUCAAACGCCGCCCCGCCGGAGAGGCUGCAAAGGGCCCCGACAACCGCGGACCAAAAGACCGAGAGCUGCACUCAAUUUGCUGUGUACACGUUGACGCAGCCUGCGGGAAAAAGUGCAAGCAGUCGCCGGAGGAGACGCCGCCUCUCUCCUUCGCCUCCACCAGCAUUGCGCAAGCGAGCUGGCGAGAAAGCGCAGGAGGUCGGGAAGGUCUACCGGAUCAGGAAGGCAGCGCUACUUAUUUACCUUCCCGGAAACGCCGCCUUAGCUGCAGUUUUCGGGAAAAGCGCAGGCAGCUCGCCAUGGAAGACGAACGGAGAUCAAGCUCUUAAUGAAGCGCCGAUAUUCCGCUCUACGCGGCUCUCGGGACUCGAUUUCCUGGAACGAUCCUUGCGCGUUGUCUCUGCACUGGGUAUUACACCGCGGGGCCUUUAGA